CAAUUUGUGUCACUCUAUAAUUUCAAUACAUUCUUACCAACAUUCAGAUUAGCUCAUAAAUGUAUAAAUUUGUACCAUUAUUUAAGCACAUUUCUGGAAACCCAAAGUCAGCCAAGCAAUUCCACAUUACAUGAAAUAAACAUUUAGAGAUCCAUUUGAUUACCCAUUAAGAACAAAAAAGGAGAUUGAUGAGUAGUUAAAACAAAACCCACCUUCUUACAAAGUUUUUGCUGAAAUCUCCUUCAUUCCAGACUUAAAGGGAGAUAAUUUACAUAAAAAUAGUGAAGUAAAUUCAUAAGGAAAUUUAUUAUUAGAUUGCAGUCUUUGUCAACAUAAGCGAAAUGAACUUUACUCCAAAAUAAAGAGAGCGAUUUAUUUAUUUAAUUGGUCCAAGAUAUAAAGGAAAAGACGAAAUAAGAAUUAAGGUUAAUACUUUUAAUAACCCUUAAUAAAAUAUUGAAAAAGGAAAGGAGAUGAUAUACGAGCUAUUUUUAGAAGCUAUCAGAGCCCCAUGUGAAUGAGAA